GUCCUGCACCGCGGCGCCAACAUGGCGGCGCCCAGCGAGGGCCGUGCGGGUCGGGGCUCCUCGCCCUUCCCGGGCACCGACAGCGGUUCCUUCCCCUUCCCUUUCCCCGUCCCGCACGGCGCGGCGGGGGAGCCACCCAAGAAGCCAUGCCGAGCCUGCACGGAUUUCAAGAGCUGGCUCCGCGAGCAGAGGAAGCAGGCGGCCCCGGGCAGCGCGGACGUGGCGGUCAUGGAGGAGAAGGAGCCCCCUCCGGACUGUCCCCUGGACAGCGAGCAGCUGGGCCGCAGCACCUGGGCCUUCCUGCACACCAUGGCCGCCUACUACCCUGAGCGGCCCUCCGGGGCACAGCAGAAGGAAAUGAGGGACUUCAUCAACCUCUUCUCCAAGUUCUACCCCUGCGAGCACUGCGCAGAGGACCUGAGGGAGAGAUUACGGACAAACCAACCCGAUACGAGCACCAGGAGUAACUUCUCCCAGUGGCUGUGUCUCCUCCACAACGAAGUGAACAGGAAGCUGGGGAAGUCGGAAUUUGACUGCUCCCGUGUGGAUGAGCGCUGGAGGGAUGGCUGGAAGGAUGGGAGCUGUGAUUAACCUGCAGGGAUUGCUCUGGGAAUCCAGCAGAGCAGUUCAGUCCAUGUGGAGUUGCUGCAGGGACAGUGGGAGACAGUAACUCUGUUUGUGUGGGACUGAUUGAGAGCUGAACCAAUGCCAAAGGGAGAAUUGAAAAUCCUAUCCCAAUGAUAUUUUGAUAAGUGGUAGCUGUAAUGGUACCUGAGGGGUUGAGGCUGCCAGAAACCUCUGAGAUUGGGUCACUGACAAACUCAUUUCAUUAUGACAUUUCCUGAUUUUGGGGGCAUUUGCUUAUUUUUGUGGCUAGAAUUGAUUUUCCCUGAACACAGUGGUGUUCUCCACAGGUAUUGCCUGAUGUUUUAGAAAAUGCAUCUGAUUAAUUGUCAUUUUAAUUUCUGAUAGAGAAAACUCAUGCUGGGUUUUGUGCCAAGUCUGUAACCCUGGAUUUCUCUUUCCAGGAUCUCCAAGAUUUGUUGUUACUCUUGCAUCCAAUUCCUUUGAUAAAAAUCCUGAGGGCAAUUACAUUUAAUUUAAACACUAAAAUAAUGGAGCCCAGAUUUUUCACUUGGAUUUUGUAUUUCAACUUACCAUGUCAGAGGACAAAACAGAGUCAAAAUCAUUUCAAUUUCUUUAUGUAGGUUGUGAUCUCAUCCCUUCCUGCACUCCUGGCUGGGAGAAGUUUGCACAAACCCUGACAACAGCAGGUUCUUUUUUCCUUCCCUGCUUCCUGCUGAGGUUCUCUUGCAUGUUUUAUUGAGCUUCCUUAUGUCAUGCCCCACAGCACACCUGUGAAUUUACCCUUGGGGUUUUUUUGCAGGUUUUGACUGGAAAUAGCAAUGGUAUUUCUUAUCUGAGACCCAGUGCAUGGGGCUCCUUAGUGGUUAGAGAGCCAGUAACACCUUUGGAGACACAUUUUAAUAUUUUAUGGCACAGUCAAGUCCUUUAAAGUCGGGUCUGUAAAAUGAAUAUGAGACUUUUAUGGAUUUUUAUGAUUUCUGAACUUACGUCGUAACAUUUCUAAGCACAAACCCGAGUGAGCUGAUAAUGAGUGUGAUUCAAGGUGUCAUUCAGGCUAUUAAAAGUGCUCAGAAAAUUUCCCUA